GGAACAGUUCAGGAAGACGAAGAAAUGGCGACGAUACUGGGGCCCGAGUCCCCUUGGACGGGAGGAAAGAAAAGCACUCGUAAUAGGAAUAUCCUCACCAGAAUACAGCACAGUCAGAUCGCUGGCCAAGGCUUCAGCAGAGGGACGCAGCUCUCAGAAGCACUUCUUAAGGAGAGAGAUAAGAGGGCGAAAUGGCACGGGAUUCCUGUCUUACUCCAGGAACUGUACGAGAGCAGCCACCUUAACAGUGACUUCACCCGCACACAUGAUGUACUGAAGGAGCUGUCAUCCCUGCUUUCCAUGGAGGCAAUGUCUUUUGUAACAGAGGAAAGGAAGACAGCGCAGGAGUCCACCUUUCCUAACACAUACACCUUUGACCUCUUUGGAGGUGUAGAUUUGUUGGUGGAGCUUCUGAUGAGACCCACUCUCACUAUGCUACCAAAACCCAAGAUGAAUGACGAAUUGCUUAAGGACUGCCUCAAUGUGCUGUACAACUGCUGCAUAUGUACGGAAGGGGUCACAAAAAGCCUGGCCAUGAGAGAUGAUUUUGUCUUAUUUCUCUUCACAUUGAUGACAAAUAAGAAGGUCUUCUUACAAACAGCUACGUUAAUUGAGGAUAUUCUUGGAGUUAAAAAGGAGAUGAUUCAGCUGGAAUGGAUCCCUAACCUGUCGGGACUGGUGCAGAGCUUUGACCAACAGCAGCUUGCCAACUUCUGCCGUAUCCUCUCCGUCACCAUCUCAGAGCCUGACGUGGGGAACGAUGACAAACACACCCUUCUGGCUAAAAAUGCACAGCAGAAACGCAACACCAGCCCCUCUCAGGCUGAGGUCAACCAAGUCACACUCCUGAAUAUCCCUGGCUUCAUCGAGCGUCUCUGUAAGUUGGCCACACGGAAGGUGUCAGAGGCAACUGGUACAUCAAACUUUCUACAGGAACUAGAGGAAUGGUACACUUGGCUUGACAACACACUAGUGCUGGAUGCGCUUAUGCAGAUAGCAACUGAUGAAGCCGAGCACAGCAGCACAGAAUCAUCUGAUGAGAGUACAUUGGCCACCAUGCCCCUGAGGCAUAGUUUGCCACAGUCAAUGAAGAUCAUCCAUGAGAUCAUGUAUAAGGUGGAAGUCCUUUACGUGCUGUGUGUCCUGCUCAUGGGCCGACAGCGAAACCAGGUGCACAAAAUGUUGGCUGAGUUUCGUCUGAUUCCUGGCCUCAAUAACCUCUUUGACAAGCUCAUCUGGAGGAAGUUCACUGCCUCUAAUCACGUUGUCCAUGGACAGAAUGAGAACUGCGACUGCAGCCCGGAAAUCUCCUUUAAAAUCCAGUUCUUGAGGCUUCUGCAGAGCUUCAGUGACCACCAUGAAAAUAAGUACCUGCUUCUGAACGCUCAAGAGCUGAAUGAAUUGAGCGCCAUCUCCCUGAAGGCAAACAUCUCUGAGGUGGAGGCCCUGGUAAACACUGACAGGAGUUUAGUGUGUGACGGUAAAAAAGGGCUCCUCACACGUCUCCUCACUGUUAUGAAAAGGGAACCGCCAGACUCUUCCUUCAGGUUCUGGCAGGCUAGAGCUGUCGAGAGCUUUCUCAGAGGGGCCACGUCAUAUGCAGACCAGAUGUUUUUGCUGAAGAGAGGUUUGCUGGAGCACAUCCUUUUUUGCAUUAUCGACAGCGGCUGCAAGUCCAGAGAUGUCCUGCAGAGCUAUUUUGACCUGCUUGGAGAGCUUAUGAAGUUCAACAUUGAUGCCUUUAAGAGAUUCAACAAAUAUGUCAAUACAGAGGAAAAGUUCCAGGUGUUCCUCACGCAGAUCAACAGCUCUCUGGUGGACUCCAACAUGCUCGUCCGCUGUAUCGUCCUCUCUCUGGAUCGCUUUGAGAGCGAGACAGAAGAUGUUAAGGUGGUUGAAGUGCUCUCCGAGUGCUGUCUCCUGUGCUAUAUGGCUCGAGUGGAGAACAGGCUGUCCUUCCUUUUCAGGCUUGUUAACAUCAUCAAUGUGCAGACCCUCACACAGGAAAAUGUGAGUUGUCUAAACACCAGCCUGGUUAUUCUGAUGCUGGCCCGGAGGAGAGGGAAGCUUCCGUUCUACCUGAGCACUCUGCGGGAGAAGGAAUACGCAGAGAAAUAUCCCGGCUGCCUGCUCAACAACUUCCACAACUUGCUGCGCUUUUGGCAGCACCACUACCUCAACAAGGACAAGGACAGCACCUGCCUGGAGAAUAGCUCCUGUAUUCCCUUCAGUUUCUGGAAGGAGACAGUUUCAGUGCUGCUCGAAGAGGACAGGACUUCUCCCUGUGCCAUUAUCAGCUAUAUAGAUGAGCCUUAUAUGGAGCUAGACAGGGACCUUUUAGAAGAUUGACUUUUUGAUGGGGUGUAGUUAGGACUAAAGAGGGCUGGGGGGGGGAGGGGUUUGCACGUUCCACUCUGAUUCAGUCAAGAGACCUUAUAGAAAGACCUACCAGCUCAUCCAACUGCAUGCAAUGGCUCAAUGAGCCAUCCAUUCUCUACUUGGUGCCCAUGUUCCACUUCAUCUCCAGGUCACAGGGUGCAAAGGAUGUCCCACAGAGGAUCGCCCAUCCCGUCAUUUUCUAAUGGGAACGCAGUUCCUGAACAGCUCAAGCUAAAUCUGAACCUCUGAUCAGAAACUGUCUUUUUGUAUUUCGGUGGUGUUCUUUCGGUGCAAUUGUAUGGGGCCUUUUAUACAGAAAUAUACAAAGAAAAAAUAUAUAGGCAUAUAAUGCAGCAAAUCUGUUUAAGAGGAGUUUUGGGUUUCAGCAAAAGUGUUGAAAGUGUCUUGGAUUGUAUAGAUCAGAAACUGAUGAUCUAAGUAUCUAUGAACUUCAAAGCCGGCCUUCAAUGUAAAGAGAGUUGCUAUUUAAUUUAGGAUGAAAACGUCAAGAGAGGAAGUGUUGAAUUGAUGAAUGGGGCGAACAGCUCUCCAGCUACACCGAGUGAUAUCAAAAUUUUUGCACAGUAUAGAUGAUGGAAGACAGAAAUGAAUUUCAAUAAGUCUUAUUUAUUUUUUCUUUUUCAUGUAAAUUUGCUCUCAUAAUGACUUUUCUUUAAUACCCUCCAAUGCUUCUCUCCUUGGUUAGAUUUGAUCAAUUACAUUCAAAAUAAGACAUUUUUAGUUAUUGUUUUAAUUUAUUGUAUAAAUUAGUUUUUAAUAGUAGGUAUCAUCCCAUUGUUAAUUUCUGACAACACUUAUCAUAUGGGCACUGAAGGGUUUUAACAGAAAUAAUCUAUGCAGGUUCACUCACAACAUGGACAUAAAUAUCUAGCUAGCCUUCAUCUUGCUGCCAUCUGUUGUUUUGGUCACAAACUAAAUAACCAUCCUCUAACUUAACAGGUCGACAAUCUUUGUUGCACUCAAACACGUGGCUCCUGCUUAGUGACUGGGAACCUGCAAUAGGUGCUGGUCCGCUGUGGUCGCUUUGUGUUGGAUGUAGUAUCUGAGCUAGACUAGAAGCGCUAAACUUAAAACGUCCAAUCAACUACCUCGUUUCAUUGGUUUUGUCUUUUAACAAAAACCACUCCUGUAGUUUAAGCAUGCUGUGGCUUAAUCUGUUGCACCUAUUUUCACUUUGUAUGCAAAAGUUCUUGUGUAUAAAUAAUUAAAUGUAUGUUUCACAAGAAUCACUUAGCUUUUACCUGUGGAUGUUCACAAGUUCUCAUGUAUGUUCUCUUAUCAAUUGGUAUACUGUCACGGUGAUCAGCAUUGGCAAAACACAAUUUCAUACAAUUCAUUUAAAGAGGUUUGUAUGCUACAAUGUUAGAGUUUUGGUCACUCCCUGUACAGUUUGUCCUAAUAAUAUCAGCAGUGGUGUGAAUGUACUUUUUCUGACAAAAUGUUAGUGUGAUGUGAAUGGUUGCUGCAUAAACAUACAUAAGAUCUGAAUGUCACGGUUCACCUACAGCUCUUUGGUUCAUAUAUCACAUUGGUUGGAGUAGUUUGAAAUAUUGACAUGUUCUUAUAUAGCUCUGUCUUGAUGGAGUUUAAUAAAAAACAAAAUUAGGAAAAGUGAUAUUCAUGUCAAGCCAAGUACACUUGCUUCAAAUAAACCUGAGUUCAAUAUUCUAACUCUGACAUUUGAUAGUGUUUACGUUUUAGAAUGUCUUGAUCACUGGUUCAUAUUUCAUAUUUUUCUCAUUUGUCAUAUUUGUAGAGCCAGAGUCUUUUUUUGUUGUUUUGUUUUUUUUGCCAGAGUCUGUACAUCUGUUUCUUUCAAAAGAUCUUCAGCCAAUUAUGCUUAAUAGGACGACAACAUGUAAAAGUUUUCCUUUAUCGGGGUAAGGCCAUAAAUGGUUAAAGCAUAAACCAAUUGGCACGUGUAGAUUUUUGUCCAUUACCCCAAUGGCAUGUUGCAUGUUGACACUUUCACCAGUGUUCUUACAGUCUUAUACAAUGUGUGCAAGCAUUGUCCGCAUUACUGUAUAUAUUUAAAAAUUAAACUGAGAAUAUAUUCCUUUUUGACUCUUCACCCCAAACUAAGAAAAAAUACAGACUCACUUUAUAUGUGGUGUCUUUAACUACUAUGUACUAACAUUUAAAUACAUACAAUACAAUUUAUUUUUUGUGUAAUUAUAUGUUGCUCUGAAAAAUUAUAACAAGAUUAAAAUUUGCUGCUACUGAGGUUGAGAUACAGGUACGUUUAGGAGCAGGGCACAGUUUAUCUGUUAGGGUUUAGGGUAAAGAUUGGGUUAGGGGUAAGGUUAACAGUGUAACUACUGAUGUAAUUAAAUGCAGGUAUACUUUAACAUCCCGAGACCCUUCGACCACAUGCAUGGACAUUACAUUUUGGCUUCGCUAUAGGCUAUGCUUUAUUUAAUUGAAUUUAAGCAGACUGAUCUGAAUUCAGGAGACUCUAUGCUGUCAUUAAAAAAAACUUUCGACGCACCGGGUCAUGUGACAAAACAACAUGGUGCCGAUCUCAGCAGAGUUUGUCUUUGGGAGAAACAGCAACAAAACUACAACUGGUAAAAACUUCAUUAAGUUUUUACAUUAAAACUUGUUUGAGUCAAAAGAGUAGAGUCUCUAGUUUCAUCUGAUAUGCCAUUUUUUAAAAUGUCAUCGAUUUAUCACGAAACGGCAUGUUGUUAAACUCAGUGACCACGUAUGUGGACUAUAGGCUCAUUUUCCUUAAAAUAUCCUGUGAAUUAUCACAUUGAGAAUCAAUGGAUACAUACAAAAGCUGGAAAAUGUUGGUUCAGUUUCAGGCAGCAGGUGAUGUUUGGACCACUCAACAUGUUCAACAUAAAUUCAUAAUUUUUCAUGCAAAGUUUAUUUUAACAUGGUUGACAGUGAUUGGACAUUGCUGGCCAUUACUUUGAAUCAGAAUUAUUUAUGCUCAUUUCUGAUGUAAUGUUUUUAACGUCUCAAAAACAUGAAUAACCAACACACCUGGAAACAUAAUGAACAAUAAAAAAAAUAAAAUAAAAUACUUUCUAUAGCUUGGUAUUAUUUAAAAUUUCACAACUUAGUCCCACUCUCCAAAUAUGCUGCCAUCUAUUUUUAGGAAAACAAAUUGAUCAAAAAAAAAAAAAAAAAAAAAAAAAACAUAUAUAUAUAUAUAUAUAUAUAUAUAUA